UGUGCAGAACUGUAGUAAGAAACGUGGGACUUGGAAUGUGCGUUCUGGAGUCACUGACAUUCGGACAAAGAGAGGUUCGAGAGAAACUAUCCGAAUAGCCACGCCCAGCCUUCCGACUUUGGCGGCAAAGAUAACAGAAAUUACCUUCUUCAGAUUGGAGGCUUGAGCCAGUAUAGUUGAAACAUACAGCUACUCAAUCAUGAUGAGUCUGCUGAGACCCGAAUCUAUAUAUUCUCAUGCCCGGCACCAAGGGCCGCUCCCCUUUUCCCAAGACAGAGAUCCAGCAAUGGAAAGAAGAUUACACGGGAGUUGAAGUUGGCCAAAUCCACCAAAAACAUCGCGCUGUCCGCAGAUUUCUAGCGCCGGCCUUCAACUCGAGAGUCUUGAAGGAACAGGUGCCUAUCCUAUAUAGACACAUUGACAGCCUACUGAGGAUUAUUGUGAACCAUACCAAAACGGAUGGCAUCCAACAUGUCCGAGACAGCUUCCGCUCUUCUUACGCCCUCUCGGUUCAAAGCAACGCCUUCCUCACCGUGUUUCACCAAGCUGGUUCUGUCGGAACAGUACAUAAGGUUUCUGCCGCUGGCUUCUUCUUCACCGGCUGGUCUUUAAUACUCUCUCCUACAAGCUGGCUCUGGUCCUGUCCACAAUUCUCCGAGAGAACCCUAAUAUAGUAGGAUCCCGCGUGGAGCGUCGCGAUAAUUAGGAGCAUCCUGGCUAUUUCUGACUAUAUUCCCUCCCCCGCGGAAAUUGGCGUUAACGUGAGCGAGGCUUGGAAUUAUUAUCAAAUACAUUUUAAAGAUAGCACCCUACAUGUU